UAUGUUUGCCUUAGCUCUGGGCAAACAGCAAUCAGGACUUUGUACAUGAGGUCAUUUUGGUGAGCAUUCUAUUUCAGGAACACCCAGACCAGCUGAUCUCAAGUUGCACAGAUGAUAACCCAGUCUUCAAGUCAGAGAGCAAUUUCUUAUGUCAGUUAAAGUCUGCAAAUAAAUUAAAGAGCAUCUCAAAAAGUCAGCACAAAGCAGAAGAUUAAGACUAGCUUCAGACUUGAUGCUGCAAGGACCAAAACAUGAAAGUGGAAUCACUCAGAGAAAAACAUGGUAUCACAGAAAUCUGGAAACACAACGGAAAAUUCCUUCAGUAAGACUAGCUCAGUGAUACUGCAGAAUAGUGUUUUCUAUUCCUAUUUUUCUUGGUAAGUGGAGUUUGCACCCGUAAGACAUGCCAAGAGAGACAAGAAAAGCAAUGUAUUAAGGUUGUGUGCAAGGUGACUGCUGUGGGUAAGUCUGGAACCUGGCUGAAGGUAGCUAAUGCCCAACAUGGACAAAGGAGUAUUUAGUGAGCUGGGCUUCUGAAUCCCUGUCCUGGCCUACUCCCGUGGCAGCCUGCCCCUCAUUCCCCAUGGCUCUGCCAUAGUCCCACAUGUGCCUGUCAGCCCCUCUGCCCAGGGGACCCACGCAAGAGGUUCUGAGAAGAUGCCCCUGUGCUGAUCUCACUCCGGUCACUGUUUAUUUCUGCUGCAGGGUCCUGUUCUGGGAGAUGACGAAAAUGCCAUUCAAGGGAGUCAGCAUUUAAAAUGGGUCGUUAGAGAGAAACGUCACAGGUGUCUUUGCUAAAGAUAGCCUGGUGCUGAGUAAAACAGUGCCUCCAAAACCUUCAUUUCACAACAUGCUCACUCAGCAUAAUAACUUGGGCCCCAAACACCCCCCAGUGCCAGACAGCUCCCAUCAUUUUCCGCGGCUCUCCAUCAUUCCCUCAUGACCACCUCUCAGGAAGCAGCAGCAGGAUGGGAAUACGUCUCUCUCCUUUGCCAGUUCUUACAAGAAUGAGGCAUUUCCUAUGGCACGGACUCAGUGAAGGGCGGUUUGGAGGACUAGAUGGGAACAGUGCCAGGGCGCCGAGGCUAAGAGUGCGGAGUGGGUUGGGAUGGAGGGGGAGAGCAGCGAGCUUGGUGUCCCCCGGGCGAAGCCAGUGGAGGGGGAGCAGACGGCGCCAGGCUGUGGAGCCGUAUGUGCCUCCCCAUCACGGUUCCAUCUCCUUUCUCUCUCUCUCGUCUUCACCCACACACUCACACCAUUCUCACAUUGCUGAUUCAGGGGAAAGAGAGGUUGAUGCUUUCUGCUUGGACUGGGCACCACAAACUGUUUUUCUUGAACAGGAGGAAAAAACACCUCCCGUCAACCGUCACAAGUUCUCCCCCAUCUUUUCUCCUCUAUUCCUCUCUCAUGUGAUCCCAUGGGCUGUGUAACACGGAGGGCAUGACGGACCACUACAAAGCAGUCCCCUGGGCACAAUGAGGCACACAAGGUUGCACCAGGUUCCUCUACACUGAUCCCACUCCUCAGGAGACUGAAGAGCCGUGUGUGAUAAAAGAGACGAGAGCCAUCACCACAAUAGGGAGCUGCUGUUGUGAGGCGUACCACUUGCUCUCUUUUAUCCUCCACCUUCUACAACCAACUGAGGAAAACUAGAGAGCGAGCAAGGAUCCUUCCACAGCGAAGAAGCAGCCGCUCUGAGUCACCUCACCUCCAGGAAAAGCCCCAGCCCAGCCCUCAGGGGAUGAGCCACUGAGGGGCUCGGGUGUCUGACACCCAUGUGAAGGGCUGAUUAAGUCCGAAAGAGUCACAGCCAGUGGGUUGCUGGAAAGUGUGAGCCACAACAGUGGGGGUUCUCUGAGGCAAAAGGGGCUCCAGGAUGAGGCACAUGGGUGGAAAUGUAUUACCCCAUGCAAAGCUCAGCAGCUACAUGGGAGUUAGGACAAUCCCCCUCAGCACACGAGCUUGGGUGGGUUUUCCCCAGUGCUGCUAGAGGAGGAGGGUCCCUUGCUCACACCCCUCGCAGUGCCACAGAAUGCAGCCCCUCUUCUCAGUGCUGGUUGCUUCUCCUGGAUGCUCCUUUCUGUCUCCUCAGACCACCUCAGCUUUGUCCCAGAUUGCCCCUAGGCUCUAGAUGGAUGGGUUACAUGUGCCCUGGUUGGAGCUCACCAUACACCCUUUCCUCGUGCUGCCUGUGAACUGGCCAAUGAGAAAAAGCCCAAAAAAUCAGCACAUUUGAAGGAUUAAAGAAGGAAAAAAAAAAAACCCACACCAAAAACCCAACAACAAUAAAAAAAGAACAUCAGAAAAAAGACCAACGUGUUCUCAAAAGCCCUGAAACAAUUAGAGAGAAGCUGUAAGAGGCGGAAAGAUCAAACCAAAAAAGGUAAGAGAUGAAAGAAAAACAUGAAGGGCACUUGCUGGGAAGUGUCUUCUACACUUUUUCCAUUCUCUAUGUAGAAGCAAAACUUGUAAGAAAAACAACAGCGACCCAAAGAAUUUCCACUAAAAGAUGCUUAGAGCAGUCUCUCUGGUCCCUCCCUCCUCUCUCUCACUGGCUUCAGCCCUGCCUUCACGUGCCUCAAACUUAUACUGGUUUUUUUGGUCGUGACGCAUCUUCUUAGUGAUACGAGGAAAUUAGCUGCCCACCCGCGGUAUAAGGGCAUCUAGGGAAAUGCUUUGAUCAGAGAGAGAGACAGCACAAGAGCAAGCACUUCCACCUGACCCUCCCUUGGUUCAUCUACACACUCUAACAUCUUCUUUGCCCAUACUUCAUUUUUGCUGAUCUCUUAAAUCUUCUGACUGAACAAGCACGGACCUGAGCGGGAAGAAGCAGCCUCCUGCCUCUCUUGGAUACCACCAUGAGGCUGGUGUCCCUGGUGAUGUUCCUCACCUUCAUUCUGCUGGUUUUCAAUGCUGGCCACAUCCUACCAGGAGUAGUGGAGGGGGAAAGCAGGGAGCAGAAAGUGUGGGCCAGAGCAGGGAGUUCAGCCGUGCUGCCUUGCCACCUGAGCCCCAGAAAGAUGUGGAAGAGCUGGAAGCAGCUGCCUGACAAGACAUCCGUGCUGUGGAAGAGGCAUGGGGGAAGCACCCACCAGGAGCCACACGUGGUGCUGGAGGUGGGGUACUCGGGUCUCCGGAAGACGGCAUUGCCCAUGAGGCCCCGGGUGUCAGUCCAGGACUCUGCUUUACGCAAUGGCAAUUUCUCCCUGCGAAUCGACCCAGUCCGGAGCGAGGAUGCUGGGCUCUAUGAGGCACAGGUGGCAUACAACACGGAGGUCCAGAGCUGCCAGGUGGAGCUGGGGAUAAUUACAGUAACCCUCAGUCCACCCAGCCCUGUGGUAGAAAAUGAGCCACUCUUGUUGAGCUGCAACUCUAGCCAUCGAGCCACCCUCAUGGAGACACGCUGGUUCCACAAUGGGCACCUGGUCCCCACCUCCGGGACCUUCUGGUCCUUGCAUGGGGCUCUCUCCAUCCUCCGGCCAGCCAUGAGUGAUGCGGGCUCCUGGUGCUGCCAGCUCAGAUACUCUGAUAAUGAGAUCAUUUCUGCCACAUACAACCUGCAAAUUCUAGGUUUUGAUGGCCCAAUGAACCCUGUGGUCUAUGCUGCAGCUGGCUCUGCAGCUGAUCUACCAUGCACCCUGAACUACCUUCCCAGUGCCUUUGGGAUCAACGUGGUGACAGCCCACUGGAGCCACCUUGCAGGAGGACACUUGGAAGACUGGGGCAUCUCCCAGAAUUUGAGCAGCAGAAGCUUCCCCCUUCAUCUCCCUGUGGUGGGGCCAGGUGAUGCAGGGUGGUACCGCUGUGCUGUCUCCGUUGGCAGCAAGACAAUCAGCAGGGAUGUGACCUUGGCAGUGGUUACAGUCACUGCAAGCAUCCAGGGACCAGUUUCUGAGGGGUCUCGCUUGCUGCUCAUCUGCAGCCUCACACACCCCUGGGGACAUGAGCAUUUCCAGUGGAAGCACCUCGACUCAGCCCCCACUAACAGCAAGCUGGCUGUGGCCACCUCCCGUAACCUGGAGAUCCACAGGUCCCAGAUGGGCCCUACCUUGGAAAUACCCCGAGUGUCACAAAAGGAUACAGGCACGUGGGAAUGCAGUGUAUAUGGCCCAGAGGGCAGGCUGGGAGCAGCGGAGUACGGGCUGCAGAUCACAGGCACGGUCUCCUGCCUUCCCAGCACUGGAAGGGAUGGUUGCAGUCACUGUGCCAAGUAAGAAGGAGAUGGAGGAGAACAAGAAAGAGAAGAUCCAGCAAACUGAGUGCUGAUGGGAGCAGAGACACUGGGCCCAGUCUGCAUGGAAGGAUGAAACUCUGUGUGCCAUGCUGCAGAGAGAUGGGAACCAUGCAGACCUCUCAGGAGGGUCUAGGGAUGGCAUGAACAUAGCAGGAGGCCAUGGAAGCUCUGUACCUGCAGAGGGGCUGGAAGCUGCGUAGCAGGGCAAGAUGAGACCACCGCUGCAGUACGGUGGCAGGCAGCACAGACGCUUUGGAGCUAUUGGGAGUAUUUGAGCCAGUAGUUAUUGCCUGCUUCAGUGCCACUUCUCUCUCCCAGCCUUUGCCCUUCCUUCACGGCCCCUCUCACAGCCUUUCACUGGUGGGACACUUAAAUGCGGGAGAUGGCUGGAAUCCAGCUCCCCUGUAGCCGGAUGGUGUUUUCUCCCCGCUGCCCACUUUCUUCUCCCUCUCCCCGCACUGCCCUGCUCUUGUGCUCAUUCAGUGGCAGAGGGGACCCCACAGAGGACUGCACAUGUUGCACAUUUUGAGCGUUUUAUUUUAUUAGAAACUCAUUUUAGAACCUAAAAUAAAUCCAUCUGACAAAAACACCUGCUGG